GAAUUGGGAUAUGAAUAUCAUUUGCAAAUUGCAACUGUAAUCAUCAGAAUUUAGUCUUGUAGGGUUACGGCUACCUGCCUUCUUGUUUCCUCCCCUUCUCCUCUAGCAGAACCAGAACAAUUACCCUGCCCAUCUCUUAAGAAAUGAACUUGGCAUUUGCUUCUACAUUGCACCUUCCAACCGGACAAAGAGUUGGCUAUGACACAAGAUCCGUUAGCUUGGCCCCUAAUGCCAGCAGAGGGCUGUCUACUCAGAAAAUGUUUCCAUGUUUGGCAGCUACUGCUACCCCCACGACUCAGGCAGCUGAAUUUGUGUUAGAGGAGAAAAAACAUGAUCUGUUGAGAGCUAUCCAAGACACACAACGGGGCCUUGUUGCAACUGCAGAUCAACGCUCUUGCAUUGAGGAGGCCCUAGUAAAUGUGGAGGAGUACAAUGCUGGUGUACCAAUUGAUCUGGGAAAGUUAGAUGGGACAUGGCGUCUGCAGUAUACUUCCGCCCCUGAUGUCCUCGUUCUUCUGGAAUCUGCUGCAAGGUUUUCAUUCUUUCAGGUUGGGCAAAUCUUCCAAAAAUUUGAAUGUCAGAAUCAAUCAAAAGAAGGUGUUGUUCGCAAUGUUGUUCGGUGGAGUAUUCCACCCUUAUUAGAGGAGCAAGAAGGUGCUACUCUGCUUGUAUCUGCAAAGUUUUCUGUUGUAUCUGCCCGUAACAUCUACCUUCAGUUUGAAGAGAUAUCAAUUCAAAGUAUAAACAUCAGUGAGGAGCUCCAAGCUCUGAUAGCUCCAGCAAUACUACCACGUUCUUUUUUGAGUCUACAGAUCUUGCAGUUUAUUCGUACUUUCAAAGCUGAAAUUCCUGUGAGAAACCAAGGGAGGCGAUCAGUUGGAGGGCUUUAUUACCUUUCAUAUCUGGAUGCCAAUAUGCUUUUGGGGCGUGCUGCUGCAGGUGGAAUAUUUGUGUUUACUAGAGCUCAACCUCUUGUUUGAUGUGGAAGCUCAACCUUUUUCUUCAAGAUAUACGAACCUGCAAUGUGCAUACUGGGACAAAGCCGAAUACCAGCCUAUCAAUUACACACCUCAUAGGUUUACAACUGUGUUCUCUCAAAAUAGUACUCAUCCAUUCAUUUUCACAUAUUACAGCCAUGAGCCCAGGCAUUUAAUCCUGUCAACCUUUUAAAUUACAUUGUUAAUUUAAACAUUUCCUGUUGGAGUAUUUCUUUAUUUCUAUCUGAAACAUCAUGUUGAUAUAGUC